UUCGUCUGCUAGUAAAAGUUUGGUAAAUUCUAUGGUCAGUCUUUGACGGACAAAAGACAGACAAUGAACGAAAUCAGCAAAUUAUCAGACUUCUCUUUUUGUUGAAAGAAAGACAAAUCUUGAGAUAAUUAUUUAGAAAAUUCGUCCGAAGAAAGAUACAAAAGGGAAAAAGCAUACCCUCUCAUUUGCUAACUGCUUCCUCUAUAGCUAUAAAGAAACAAGCCAAUAUCUUCUUUUUUAUUAAUAAUCCAAACUAGUGAAAAUCUGUACAAAUUCUCGUUCAUUUCAUUAGCCGUUUGUCGUUUGUUUUCCUGAAAACGCGACUUUCGAGGAAUAGUAAGCCGAUCUACCUUUUCAUGCCAGCAAGGAGGGUACACUAUGUGUAUUCUUUCUUGGAACGCCCAUCAAGUGACUUUAAGUAAUUUUUAAGAAGGAAAGAAGACGUUGACUUUCGCCGGUCAUAAUGUCUGUUUUACGCGUCUUUUCCGUACGUUUAAGAGUUCCCAGAAGAUAUAUAUAUACUUUUGUUUCAUUAUUUUUCUUUCCAAGUGGGAUCACUCCUUGAAAACACAUUUCUUCACAAAACCUUUCAACAAAGUCGUUUUGUAAGAGAAUACACACUCUUCAUUAAUUGAACAAAAUUUGGGCCAUUUAUUAUUCAAAAUAUUUAAAUCCUUUUUUAUUUUACUAGUUCCCUUGCUCCAAUUUGUUUUUUUGUCUAAAGGCCUUCGCCUAAGGUGAGACGCGCAUUCUUUCAGUAAACCAUAUAGAAUUGAAAAUACUCCAAAUCUCACGUUCUUUUGCUAGUUUUGCUUUCUAAAAAACUCUGUCUUUUAUAUCCCUUUCUUGUAUGUCUGUUUUAGCCCCGAAUUCUUCAAUCCCUUCCUUUUGGAGAACAAACUUUCAAGAUAAGUAUCGAGAAUCAAGACCAAGAACAACAACCGCUCUCCCACCUGAUGAUCUGUCGGAUGUCGACGAAGUUCCGAAUGCUAGUCAGCAUGAUGUUUCUCCGGUAAAAACAGAGUUUCUUUCAGACGUUUCUGAUGGACCCAUCACAAAUGAACAAGGACGAGAGUCACCUCUUAACCCAUAUAAUUUCAUAAGGAGGCCUUUUACUUCGUCGGGCCCUAGCUCCACCUCAGUCCCUAUGCACUCUUUCACUUCUCCAAACAAAGAAAUUAUCGAUCUGAACUCUCCUUCAUUACACCAAGAAAGAAGCUUUUCGUUUUUUCCGAACGAUCAAAUUAAUCGAGAAUCUUUACCCAAUAGUAUGUUUGCCAUUCCUACUACAAAUCUCAAAUCCAACUACCGAGCUUUUGAUGUUGGUACCGAAACAAGAAGGCACUAUCUGGAGCUUUCUCAGAUUCAAAAUCGUCAGCGAUAUGCCAACCGGAUCAAGAGUGCGUCUCCAGCUUUGUUAGAUACAUCUACUCUGGACUCGAGGCUGAAUUUUACUAUGGAAAGGUUGGAACGAUCUAUCGCGCAGCUUUCAAAAAAUACAAUGCGUGCUGUUUCCCAUUUGGAAAACCCUCCUCGUGAUAUCCCUAUACCCAAAAUUAACAGCAAGCAUGCUGCUUGGCCAUUGCAACAGUCAGCUGCGUUGCCAGCUGAUUCAUCAAAAUCGAGACCUUAUUCUGUUCCCGCGCCCUCUCCCUCCCAAUCUGAAGAGUACGAAGCCAUGAAAUCUGCUGCUACGUACUCACCUGCUCGAACCCUCAAUAAACAGAAUCCCCCAGAAUCACCUAUGCCGCCGUUACCUUCAAAUCCUACUUCUCCGUCUGCAGAGAAACAAGAGAAGCAGGUAAUAAAUUCGGGUAUGCAUUCUCCAAACGUCCAUGAGCCCAAUUUCCACCCUGCUGACGAUGCUAGUACUGCAUCUUCAGACGCCAUUUCCCGUUCGGUUCAUUCCUUUCAACCUCUUCCAAACAGUAGUGAUUUAUUUUUCAAACUUCACUUAAGCAGCGUUGAUAAUGAUAUAGACAGUAGCCAUCAACAAGAUGUUUCUGUAUCUAAUUCUUAUAACCCUUCCUCACGUAACGAAUUUACCGACUCGCCUGCUCCUUACGUGCGUGAAAAUUCUCAGCUCUUGAAGAGUUCUCCAUUCCGUGGAACCUCGAAAUCAAAUGCUAAUCCUUCCCCUCAAGAAGAUGUUUCUAUUGUUUCCGAUUACAAUAAUUCGCUUCACCAUAAAUCUAUCCAUCCUCAAACACGAGAAAAGGAUAUAAUUACUUCAAAUCCUGAGCUUCGAAGUUUCGCAGCGACUGAGUCAGCAGCCCCUCGACCGGCAUCGUCAAAGCAGCAAACUCCAAAAGCGUCUGACCAAGCUCCCAAAAAAAAGAAAAAAUCAAAGCUAGAAAAGCUCUGCUGUAUUAUAGCAUGAUGACGGGAUUUGAAUUAUGCGUGAUAUUGACAAAUUGUACGAAUUCAUAAUUCAUUAAGGCGUAAUAAAGUAUCAUGUCUGGCGGUUUUGUUCAAUAUCAGUAAUGAAGAGUGAUUUAAAUUUUAAAUCGUCUUGUGUUCUCUCAAGCAUUAGUUAAUUAUCAUCACCAACAGGGUAAUACUGAUGCAGAUGCUGUGAAAAAAAAGAAAAGUUUAGUCAUGAAUGAAUUGAUGAAUUGGAAACCUUAGAACAAGAAGUCGUUUUAUUUGUAGUUAUAAGACAACUCGCACUCUCAAUUUUGGCUUCCACUAGGCAUGAAUUGAAACGUGUAUAAAUGGGAUUAAGCCCUCGAUGGGAAUGAACAUUUAUUAUGGACAACAUGGCAUAAAAAAAGAACCAUUUGAAGUGUGUUUUGCUUUACAAGUCAAGAUGAAUACUCAAGGGUCCCUUUUAAAUUAAAUAGACUAUAAAAAAAAAGCUUAUAAAGGAAUAAAAACUAACCUUAUAUGAUCUUUUUUACAAAUUUCUUACUUCCUUUAUAAGCAUUUUUGCCUUUGGAUAUGGUGGUCAACUUUAGAUCAGAUAUUUCUGAUUGAUCGAUAAUCAGGCAAAACUUAUAUAUUUGAAGUUACGAUCUAAUCUAAAAGUAGUUUUACCACCGAAUCUCUCUUAAUAUCACCUUGCACCUCUCCAGUUCAAUCCUUUCCUGUGGGCUACUAAAAGAUCUAAUUUCUACCAACGACUUUUAUAAUAACCAAC